GAUUGCGGAGGAUUGCGGAUGUGCGGGGUGUUUGCAGUGGAUAUCUAACAUCUUGCUCUCAUACCUCCUGCUGCCUAUCUGUAUAUCACAGGCAUCGGCCUGCUUGCUUUCUAUAACAUCUGCUAGCCUCAGGAGCCCAAUCUUUCUCGCCGGAAGACACCUUCUGAACGCAUCUCCGGUGCUACUCUAGUCAAAUUCUAGUACAACUGCAGCGGCUGGUCUGGUUCCGCCUCAGUUGUUGCCCUGUGUCAACCCGGUUGCAGCAACGUCCAAACUAUCGUGCUCAAAGUCAGGAUCGCACUACAGAAUAUAACCGCGUUCCGACUUACCGCGUUCAGAGGUGAUAACAGAAGUGGGAGCCCGAGCCACCCGCCAUGUCUCUCAUCAGCGAUACCGACUAUCUCAUCCACAGCCUGCGCUUGAACUAUCUGCGGCAGAUAGACGACCCGUACGGGCCCCGUCUCAUCUCGCUCGACCCCUCCUACCCUUCCAACCCCUACAUCGUCGACGCGGGUCUCGCGGACAACGAACGAUGGCCUGAGCUCGCUGUACCCUCAAGCCCCACCCCGAGCGACGAUGAGUCGGGCCCAUCGGUGCGCCGCCGACACUCAGGAUUCCCUGGCGCGAACCUCAAGUAUACCACUACUAUCCUCGGGCCGUCGCGCACAGGCGCGAUGGGGCUGCGGGUGAACGGCAAGCGUGCGUCCAUGCCACGGAACUCCGUCCGUAUGUCCCUGCGUGCCGCGAAAGAGGCGGGCUCUGUUCCAGGCGCUGUGCCUAUGGAAGAGUCCCCGAUCACGACAGAGGUCAUCGCCGCGACCCCAACGUCAUCCCCCACAAAGCCGGAUGGACCAAGGUCGCCGAUCAAGGAGAGCUCAGCAGCACCCUCACCCACGCAGCAGAUGAACGGCAAUGGCGCUGUGAACGGGAAUGCGGCACCGCAGGAGGCCCCGCGACUGAUGCCGGUGUUCAUCCCGAAGUUCAGGGGCGCGGAGCAGAUGGAGGCAAGACGGCGUGCGCGCUUGAACGCUCGCGCGCAGCCGCCUGGUAUGGCACCCAGGAUGCCGAUACCUGCGCAGAACCUGAAUCCCGAGCUCUCGUCUUCAUCCUCUGAAGCUGAGUCUUCGGAAGAGGAAGUCAUUCCCGACGACGAAGAGGAGGAGUUCGAGAUGAGCGGGGAGGCGGACAACAGUAUGGAAAUCAACGAUGACGAGUUCGAUCCGGAAUUCGCUGCGAGUCGUGGUAUGGGCAUGCACUCAGAUAGUGCAUCCGAGGGCGCAUCCAUCCUUUCCGGAACAAACUCCAUGAUGUCCACCAGCUCGUCCAUCAUCGCAUCCUCCCUCCCCCCAAGCAGCAGCGCCCGCGCGUCGCGCCUCAGCCCCGUACGCGAGGGCCAGCACGGUGAAGAGCGCGAACGUCCCUCCCUCUCCCCCGACUCCCGCGAUGACGGGCAGAACAUCGACGAGAUGUUCGAGAUGGUCACGCCCGCGCCCAAGAGCGGCGAGGACAGCGGCGGGACGGAACACCCCGCCCACGCGUCGUCCGCCAAGAAGGCAGGGCCGUCGAGUGCGACACCCCCUGGCAUGUUCAAGCGGCAGGCCAUCCCGCCGAGGCAGCCCGCGAAGUCGGCGCUGACGGCGAUGCUCGCGGCGACGUCGAGCAACACAUCAUCGUCAAACCCGUUUGCGGAGCUGUACAGCGCGAUCUCGGGGCGUGCGGAGAGCGAGAGCAUUAUCGUACGCGUGUUCUUCCCGAUGGCGCGCGAGCCGGAAGGCCGUGCGCUGGAGCUGAAUGUCCGGAAGGACGCGUCUGUCGAGGAAGUGCUUGGGUAUGCGUUGUGGACCUACUGGGAGGAGGGCUGGUUGCCGAAGGUCGACGAGGGGCUCAGUGGGGAGGAUCCGAACUGGGCGGUCAAGUGCUCCGCGGUCGGCUGGAUACUGCGGAUCGCAGAAGAGGAUGGAGAGGUCGACGAAGAUUUCCCUCCUCCGGAUCGCACUGGGAAGAUCUCCAAGUUCAACUUCGACGCAUAUGCCGUUCUCGAGGCUACUCCCUCGCAGAUGCAACAGAACAAGAUCCUCGAGUCCAAAAUCUCGCGCCGGAUAUCAAGAGUUGUGGGCAAGAAAAAGUCGACCGGACUUCUCAACGCGCCUGCCAACGCGCCUGCCCUCAUCCCGCCUGCAGACACGCUCCUCGGCACCAGUGCGAUGCUGGGCUCGCUCGGGUCAUCCGUCGGGAUGUUCCCAAGUUCAUUGGGCCCAUCGUCGAGUCACGGCCCGCCACUGUUCCUGCGCAUUCGCAUCGCGAGUGCCGCCGACGAGCCCGGCCAUGUUUCCACAACAAUCCAAGCGUCUGGCGGCAUGUACAUGGCAGAAGUGCUCGACGCGGUGGUCGCAAAGCGCAAGCUGAGCGACCCGAAGGACUACGCGCUCGUGGUCGAGGUCGGAGAGAUGAAGAUGAACAUCCCGCUGGACCGCACAGUGCGCAGUCUGCAGGGCAAGCGCGAGCUGCUCCUCAUGAAGCAGAACAUGCUGAGGGAGUACGGCGUUGAAGUUCGGGAGCGGAAGGGCACCACCGAUCCUAAUGCGUCUAUCUUCACUACGGACGUGGCCACUCAGGAACAGUCCCUAAGCAAGAUGUUCGAGUUCAUGAAUGCAUACAGGAAAUACACCGUGUACCGCAAGGUGCCCAUGUUGGUCGCGCGUAGCGCCCGUGUUCUGGCCAUCGACGGCGGCUAUAUCCAUAUCAUACCCACGGUGACAAAAGCGAAACACGUAUUCGACAGUGGCAAGACCUCGUCGUAUCACCUAAAGAGCGUCGUGACGUGCUCGCAGUCGAGCAAGAACAGUGCGACGUUCAAGCUGAUCGUGCACAGCGGUGCGGACCGCAACAAGCGAUACGAGUUCGAGGCCGAGAGCCCGAAGCUGGCUGCUGAGAUCGUGCAGACCAUCCGCGCGUUGAAGUCUGCGAUGGAGAAGCCGGGCGGCGGGAAGGCGUCGAGGAGGAAUACCAGGAUAGGAACGACCGCAAGGCCGAUGGGAGUCUGAUAUCGAGUUUUCGCUGGCUUUCUUGCAUUGUUUGUCUUGAUACGCCGCAUGUUGUCUUUGACCCCGCAUUAUGUACUUGUAUAUCUGCGACAGCACUCAACCAUGUCAC